AUGGCAGCAAUUAUUCUGGAUCAAUAUGCUGUCUACCAGCUGGCAUUCAGCACCGCAGGUGUCGACUACUUUGGACCAAUCAUAGUUGCCCAGGGGCGUGCACGUAAACAUGAUGACCCAAAUCAAGUGGAUUGCGUCAUCGACUUAGAGUUGGCCAUUAUUCCGGCUUCGACCGGUCGACACGAACAACCCACAUUUGUCCAACUACCUGUACGAAUUCGGGACGUGAACGACCACGCGCCGAAAUUUGACCAGCACACAAGCGGUCUGUGGCUUGAGGCAGAUGAGGACAACCAGAAUCCCGGGGCCGGGGACAAUUUGGAUCAGCGCAGUGGAGUGGACAGUGAAGGUCCUGUCGGUCUCGGCAACAUUGAGACAGGUCGGCAUAGACGACGUGAAUUGGCUGUACUACCGUUGGCCAAAGAUUCAGACUACGGCCUCAACGGGACGGUGGCUUAUAGUCUUGGGGGCCCGGAUGCGGACGCGUUCGAAUUGGAUGCUGAAAUGGUAGGCGCUUCUGGCAGUGAUCACAUUUCCAGUCCAAACCUUAGUUUGACUCCAUUGAAUCGACCGAGACGCGUCACACGUUUACGACUAUUUGCUCGUCAUCCGUUGGAUUACGAGACCAAAUCGCAACAUCGUCUCACACUGAUUGCACGGGAUCAGUGCCCGAUCAAGGAGAUGCAAAGAUUCACCGAAUUACCAAUCACACUGAAUGUCCGUGAAGUGAACGAAUACUCACCAGUAUUUCAAAUUCUCCCUGGCUCGUCAUCCUCAUCUGCAACACGAUUGCAUCCCGCAGUUCAUUUAGACUAUCCACCCUCCGGACAGACCAGCUCGUUACGACCUGCGGAACAAAUAACGAUAGGAAAUACACAAACUGUGAUACUAGAAGUACCAGAGGAUAUACCGGUAGGCAGCCGGUUAUAUCAAGUUUUGGCAACUGACGCCGAUACCGUCCCCGGUGCUUCAGAUGGAAUACGCCCUGGGACCGGGACGGGUAGAUCGCCGACCUCAUCAGCUUCCUCCUCUAUGGGUAUUCAAUACACGUUUGCAAAUAGUGCGGAUCUGAAAGCGCGACGUUUCAUUCGCAUUAAUGCCGCAGACGGUUGGCUUAUGCUGCUUCAUCCGUUAGAUUACGAAUUGGGGCCACGCAGUUUGGAAUUACCGAUAUUGGCUACAGAUUCUGGUAGGCCAUCGCGCACAGGUACCCUGACAGUGCACAUCCGCGUGUUGGACGUGAACGACGAAGCUCCAAAUAUUGAGGUUCGUGGCCUGGGAUCAAAUCCCGGUGAGCACUAUCACAGUGGCCUGGUAAACGAUCCGAUGCUGACCGGACCGAUAUUGCACCGGGUACAAAUCCUCACGGUGCGGGAAAAUGCUCCCCCGGGGACAUUUGUAGCUAAGAUCUCCACUUCGGAUCCGGAUCGUGGCGCUGCGGGAGAAAUUAGUUGCUUCCUAGGUGAUCCUUUAGUCGAACUGCCUCAUCAGCAACGGCUAGGAUCGACAAGUAUCAGUUCGGAAAGCUUGGCUAAAAGCCGAACGGAUUUUGUACUUCAGUCGGGUCCAACGUCCAGUCUGGGGAUACAUAUGAUCGGUCCGCACACUGACUAUCAUCCAGAUCCUGAUCGUACAAAUGGACGUCGAGAUGCGGAUUACGUCCUGCUUACACGAACCAGUCUGGAUCGGGAAGUGAAAGGAUGGUACAUUCUUAGUCUGGUUUGUCAUGAUCACGGGGAUCAAACAUCUGGUUCGAUGUAUCCAACCGAAACCAAUCCCAGUCUAAUUAGACAUAGUCAGACGGCUCGACGUUUGACCUCGACACGUCUGAUCAAAGUCAUUGUGCUUGAUGAGAAUGACAACGGACCGAAAUUCGCUCGAGGACAUUGGAAUGCCCAAGUCCCAGAACAUUCAAAACCAGAGACUAAUAUCGUUCAACUUAAAGCCACCGAUGAAGAUGCACCGGGGAUAGCUAGUCGACCUUUAUACCGACUAGCAAAACCUUCGGAAUGGAAUGUGGACAAUAGAACUGAUAGCGAUUUGAACAUGAUCUACGAGUACUUUAAUGUGGAUAAUACGACCGGAUGGCUUCGCACUGGUGCAAAGCAGCUGGAUCGAGAAGUUCGAGACAAGUACAGUGUUCCAGUAGUAGCUUAUGACUCGGAAUUCCCUAAUCGCACAGCACUUGCAUGGGUCCAUGUUCAAGUAACUGACAUCAAUGAUAACACCCCUCAACUGGUUGGAAAUACUACGUUUUCUAUCGAAGAGGAUGAAUCCAGCGUAAUACCCCAUAUUCCACACACCACAUCGAUUGUAGAUCAUAUGGACGGGAAACUCGGACGACCUAGUGGUCGACCCGUGUUUGUGGGGCAUUUACAGGCACAAGAUUUGGAUAGCGGAGAAAACGGCCAAACCUCGUUUGCACUAGCCCCGACAGAUUCUGAUACACACGCAUCAUCCAGCAAUCUUCUAAAUUGGUUUCUUCGUCCAGAUGGUACUCUGUUUGUACAUUCCAGUACAUCCGCCCCGUUAGAUCGUGAACAACAGGCAGUUCAUCACAUCCCCGUGAUUGUCCGGGAUCAUGGAUCGCCAAAACCGCUCUCUUCAACAGCCACAGUGACUGUGUUUGUGCUGGAUCGAAAUGACAAUGCGCCCCAAUUCGAGCGACCUUCAUCAGAUCGUGAACGACCUUCGUCUGGGACCACGUCAGCAGGCGAUGGGCAACCCCAUUUACCUCGACUACCAAUAGAUCAUGUUGAAUUGACUGAAUCGAUCAGUCCGGGUACAUUAAUUUAUACUGCAGUUGCACAUGACCCCGAUCAAUCUGAGAAUGGUCUUGUAGUAUAUUCCCUCGAACCGUAUCAAGGAUUUUGGCAACUGGUUCAUACAAGACCUUUACCCACGAAUCAAUCCACAGACAAGAACAAAAAUCAGACUUCCGAUUUGACCAAACAGCCAGAGAAACACCAAUCAGCAUCAGAGACCCAUCCGUAUUUUAUCAUUGAUCAGACCACUGGAGAGAUUCGAGUCAAUCAGCGAUUAUCUGCCCAGGACACGUCGGUACCACGUAAGCUAGUCAUUUUUGCUCAGGACCAAGGUGUCCCCAUCCGGCGAAGUUAUGCUUUCCUAUACAUUGAUAUUGUUCCGAUUACGGGUAUCAAACCGCCGAAAAAUGUGUCCAGUUCCGGUACGUUAAAUGUGCCCGGAGCUGCUGCCGCCACCGGUUCCGCGUUUCCAAACGCACCAUCAGACUCAUCCAGUGCAGACCUAGUGGAUUCGAGUCAGCGCUCGAACCACCUCUCACCUCAGGAGAACAGUUUCGACACGGAAUCUAAAAAUAAAAAAUUGGUCAUGUCCAAUGCACACGAAGCGUCUAAUUUGCAACCGAUUGAACGAGGCCGACAAUUCGGUCGUGCAGGGGGAAUACGCCAGAUAUUAUCAUGGAAUUCUGAACUGAUAACCGGUUUAGGAAUUGGACUGGUUGUACUCAUUCUGAUCUGUCUACUUUUGCUAGUCACCUACGCGGUCCAUGGGACUAAACUGCUUCAAAGACAACAUUCCCGUGGUCGACGCUCGAGACGACAAUCGCCAAUCGACAAACCGGACCGAGUGAGCCAUAAUAAUGGGAUUUGGUUGGCUUGUGCCACAGACCCCAGUGUGAUGCCAACGGCCACAAAUGAAGAUGUGUUCAAAGGGAAGGUGACUCAUUUCCGUCAAGCCGUUCGGAAUGUGUGGAACCAACGUUCCAGAAAAGCAGACCUCAAUGAAUUGAAAACCGCUUCAAGGCAAGAAUCUCCGCUUACCCCAACCGAAUCGGAACUGAUUGGUGACGAAUCUCGAACAGCACGAAUCUACCUUUCACGCACUUCACCCUCGGCUGGUGCACCUUACUUUCCGGACACAUGUUCGAAUUCGCCUCGGGAUGACACGGAUUCGAGCAGCAUACCACGCACCGUACCGCACUAUGACCCACUUCCGGCAUUGGUUGGUUUCAUUAAUCCACCGGCGGACAGGUGGUAUUUACACUCCAAGCUGGGCAACAGAAGUCCUUCCGCUCAAGCCUACAUGCUCGGAUCAAGCCUAUCUCCCAGCGGACCUGCCGGUCCUCUGGUUCUCGAUCACAGUAUCGAUACGGGUCGUCGAAGUGCGACCGAUGCGAAUUAUCCAAAUUUGCGAAUGGAUGAUAAUGGACCACGGGACACGUAUUAUACAAUUCGACCGGAUUUGAUGUGUCGUAAUUUAAAUGGGCCAGUAAAUCCAUCCCUCACGGUUCUUCCACACACCAGCACCACCACCACAACCAACAGUGGUAGUGCGGUGGGUGGCAAGCUCCCGCGUGUCACAUUUACUCACGAUGCUGACCUGGUGGGUUUGUCAUCUCCGUCCACUGGACGUUUUCCGCAUCACUUGGGUCAGGAAACCGAUCAUCGGACAGAUACCGGUGUCGGGCAAAGCACGUUUUUAUCGAGCAACUUGUCGCAUCGCUCACCAACAGGACAACAGUCACAUCAAACCCAGCAACAAUCGCCACCAAUGUCAUCCGCAUCGGUGACAGGAACACAACAGUCGCAACCUUGCACCAAAGAAGACACAUUUCCGUGCUCCUGUGCGACCUCAAGAACAAAAUCUGGUUCCUUGAAUUCAUGUCCUGCGACACCCAAACCAAUGAGUGAUAGCAGUUUUGUCUGA